CCUAGCCGCCGCAUCGCUCCGUUCCAACUCUCUCUCCCUCUCUCGACACUGCCCAUCGCAGCACGAUUCUUCGCCGCCGCCGCCGCCGCCGUGCUCCUAUUCCACUUCUCCCCGUUCGUCUCCUAUCACCGAGAUCGUUGCCGCCUCGCUGCUCUCCCGUCGAGCUCGCCCCUCGCCGUUGCUGGGAGGAGAUUGUUGGCCGUCUGAUUGUAUCGACGCCGACGAGUUCGGUGAGCACCAGGUCAUUCUACACCGUCACCGGCGCCGCCUCCUUGCGAGAUCCCCACCACGCUGCUGUUACUGCACGCGUGACGAUGGUACUCUGUGGUGAUGUAGGAGGGCAGCAGGGCAGGCAGGGCAGCAGCCUCGACGCCACAGAUACAUGUGGAGAUAGAGAGAGGUAGAUUGAUCCUCCCCUGUUCCCCGUCGCCGUUCGCCGCCCCUGAGCACUACGCGGCUCGCCAGAUCAUGCGCUGCCCCUGAGCAGCGCGCAGCUCGCCGGACUGAUUCGUGCCACCCCCGCCGAACUGAGAUCCGCCUCUGCAGCGUGUGUGUAUGAUGUUGUUGGGUCGUUGACAUGGCCCGUGGUCCGGUUGCGACUCAUGCUCAAGGCACGGUCGAGGCUGGUGUUGGGCGUUCUGCUGGUCAUGGCCGUGGACGUGGGCGUUUUGCUGGUCUUCGUGGACGAGCCACUGGCCAGGGAGGUUCUAAUAUAGGGCGUGCCCCUGUUUCUGAUCAUGUCGCUGCUUGCCGGGUGCCUGACGCUGGAGCUGAGCCUCUUGACAGGCGUAGGGGUGUGAGUCGGCGGGUGCCUGCUGCUGGAGCUGAGCCUAUCGCCAGGCGUGGGCGUGGUGCUCGGCAGGUGCCUACCGCUGGGCGUGGCGCCAUGCCUCGGCCAAGUGGUAGGGGUGUUCGUGGCCGUGUCCCUGGCCGUGGUGCUGAUUCUGGGAAUGCAGCCGCUACUGUUGUCCCUGGUCCUGGGUUCACCGCCGCUCCUAGGCGUGCGGCGGUCCCUAGGAUUGCUAGACGUUACGUGCCACGUCAGCCUGUUGGGUGUCCUCCUCGAAGCCGUACAAGUGAUGGCUGGUUCCCUUUUCUGAGCUCGACCGUGGCUGCGGUAAAUCGCAGAAAACGGAAAAUGUGCGUUGAGUUUCGGCGCGCUCGAUAUGAAGAACAUGUCAUUGAUGGGCCUUUGCCGAAGGAUUGGCAUGGUUUCUCGGUUUAUGUGAGUUCGGAGUGACCGGGGUAGACCGCAACAGACGGAAACGAUGGAAAGUGUCAAUUAAAUUGCGACGUCCUGGAUGUGAAGAGAUUGUUGUCCAAGGGCCUGUGCCGAAGGAUUGGCAAGGUUUCUCGGUCAAGUUUGCCGAGUCCCUUAAAGCUUGCUAUGCAGAUAGGUCGUACUAUGGCCCUCUGGAUUUCUUGUGCCAAUACUGUGGUGCCUCCUUUUGGUUUGCUGAGUGUUCAAAGUCUAGGUCAUCCUGGACACAACGUAAGAUGGUUUAUAAUCGCUGUGUAAAGGCGCUAAGGUAUAUAUUCCUCCCUUUAAGGAUCCCCCAGUCUAUCUUCGGAAGCUCCUUCGAUUCGAUGGUACUUCUCGUGCUAAAAAAUUCAUCCGGGACUAUACGUGAGUACAACUGUAUGUUCGCUUUCACUUCGAUGGGUGCUACUAUUGAACGCUCGUUUGGUAGCAGCCGUGGACCUAAGAUUUUUAAGAUCAGUGGUCAAGUGUCUCAUUGUACUGGUUCGUUGGUGCCUAGCGGUGAUGAUACCCCUAAGUUUGCUGAGUUGUAUAUACAUGACCCAGCUAAUGAGAUUAGACAUAGGAUGAAUGCCUUAAAUCCAGAUGAUAAGCCUACUGGAGGUGUGGAUGAGAGUAUUGUGGUUGGUCUUAGAGACAUGCUUAAUGAGUUUAACCUAUUGGUACAGACCUUUCGGGAGGCGAGUAAGAUGAUAGAGGAUCGUGGUGAUGAACCCAUCGAGGAUAUCUCGAUUCGUAUUAUUGGACCUUCUGAGGGCGAUAGUCCACAAUUUAGUUUGCCUACAACCACUGGGCUUGCUGCUUUAGUUGUCGGUGGUGGCUUCACGUUAGAGGCAUCUUCUCGUGAUAUUUUUGUUUGCAGUCGUUCCGACGGUUUGUAGCAGAUAUCUUCUCUAAACACUGCAUUCAUGCCUCUGCAAUACCCGUUGCUUUUCCCUUAUGGAGAGAGAGGGUUCCAGGUGGAUGUUCCUCACUUGAUUGUUCCUGAAGAAGAUGAUGACGAUGGACCUAUAGAUCCUAAUCCUACACCUGGAAGUCCGGCCAUUGAGGCGCCCUCUUCAUACCCUUCUAGGGGUGGUGAUGCUUCCACAAAUAGUCGGAAUAGGAUGACCAUGCAGGAUUACUAUCGUUUUAUGUGCCAUUACAAGGGUGAUCAGCCCAAUCCAUAUAUAUGUUAUGGUCUCCUCUCUUCUCAGUCGGUUGUUGAUGCACGCGCGUGCAUCGAUGAAAGUAGAUUGUGGUAUAUCAUAAGAAAUCAGGACAUGCUUAGAUCAGAGCACAUGCAGGGUAUUACUGAUGCGGUAGGUGAUGGGUGUGUUGAUGGUGAUGCUCUUGGGAAGAGGACCAUUGUACCUUCCAGUCACAUAGGCGGUCGUCGUUACUUCCAUGAAAAUUUCCAUGAUGGCCUUGCCGUUUGUCGGGUGCACGGUGCCCCUGACAUAUUUACCACUUUCACUUGCAAUCCCAAGUGGCCUGAGAUCACCAGUGCAUUGGAACCAGGUCAGACGCCUUCUGAUAGGGCGGAUAUUGUUGUUAGGGUCUAUCACAUGAAGCUCACCGAGUACUUGGACGAGAUUAAGUCAGGCCGGGCUUUUGGCCCCAUUACGGCUGUGUUGUAUACCGUUGAGUUCCAGAAGCGGGGACUGCCUCACGCGCAUAUACUUGUCUGGCGAGAGGGGGUAACGAUGGCGAUGACUAAUCUGCAGGCUCUUGUUGUGGGGAACAAGAACCUGACCAUCCAUGUGUAUGUUUCGCGUCUGUGGCAGCAUUGUGGAUCCACUGAUAACAGUCCUAUCAAAGACACUGACAUGGUCCUUUUGGAUGUGGCAAACAUCUAUUCUGAGAUUGGUGAGAAGCUUGUGCCUAAGUUCAAUUGAGGCAACCACAUCCAUGUUGUUUCUUGGCAUGAGCAACCACAUCUAUGCUGAUAUUGGCUCCUGGGCUCCUUUAUAGGUCUCUUACUGUGAAGCUUGUGGUUGGCAUGCCUUUCAAGCAUUCAAUUUUUAUGAGGGUGGAGUUGGAGAAGGUGGGGCGUCAGAGCAGAGCUAAUUGCAGCGUCCACGACCUCCUUGGGCAUGGCCAAUCCCGCCAGAUCACUGUUCAAGAUAUCUUCCGAUAUGCCGAUAAAUCGGCCGAUUUAUCGCUUACCGUUGUCAGACUGAUAAGAUAAAUCGGCCGAUAAAUCUGCCGAUAUGGUGAUAAAUCGGCCGAUAUGCCGAUAAACUGGCCGAUUUACCCCUUAUCAUGGGUCGACCGAUAAGUUCCCGACAAGCGAUAUCCCCAACAUUGCCAGAUUGACCAGGUUGCGGGGUUUGGUCAGCAGUGUGUGUGGCCAGUGGUUGGAGCACACUGAAGUGGAGGAGCAGUGUCAUUGUCGACCAUGGAUUCAGUGUGUAGCAGAUCUUGAGAGUUCUGUCAGGAUAGGGAGAGACAAUGAGGCAAAAGGCAAAUGUACAUGCUCCUUAUUACUUAUCAGAAAUAUUUUCCUGUUGAGAUCGGCCACUGAUGACACGAGUCUGCUACCCUGCUCCUGUGAAGAUUUCUUUUUCUGAAAUUAAAUCAAGUCUCAAGGAAUGAGAUGGAAGCAUUGUCCAGGCUUUAUGAGAAGGUGAACCGCUCUAUCAAUGACGAUGAACUCAUCCAAUUGCACUGUAUUGGGAACAGUUUUACCAUCCGAGGAUACAUCCAAAGUACAAGUGAAUUAGACAUUUCCCUGUGCGAGAUCAAAUGACUUGAGCUUUACAUUGGUUCAACUGUCCCUGUCAUCAAAUAUUAUGUUUGCAAGAUGAACAAGACCUUUGUCACUCCUGGACUGAGGAUGUACUUCUGUCGCUUCACAAAAAAUGCAUCUAAAGCACCAUCUCAAUGACCGGUCGAGGACGUGAUGGUUAGUCUCAGCACCGGAGAUGUUAUGAGACAGGUCUGGAUGAUGAUGGGUACGGACAAGAGACAAACAAUAACAACAAUUGGUCAGACUUUGUCAAAGAGGCAGGGACUAGAGAGUAUUAGAUAUGUGUCCUUGCCUUCAAAAUUGAAAAUGGGAAACCAUUGCUCACCGUCCAUAAGCUUUGAAAGGCUAAGGUACAAAAUUGCAUGUGCAAUGUCUACACACAAAUCGUUCUAUGAAAUGUAUCUAACGGAUUGCCUGCAUCAGGUUAAUGUGCCCUAUGAAGUUUUUUUUGAGGGAUAAUGUGCCCUGUGAAGUUUUUUUUGAGGGAUAAUGUGCCCUGUGAAGUUGAUCGAGAAGGCAACCGUGUGGUCUCAAGAACCUUGUGGUCAAGUGGUUACCGUAAAUACCCUCUCAUGUUCAUGUUUUUCCUACCAAACUUAAUGUCAAGUGGUUACAUAGUUGUCUCACCGACGCACUAAACUGAAUGCUGCCUUAUUUCUCAUUACGGUGUUGAACUGGAUGAUGUUGUGCUCCUAUUAUGUGUGAAUGUUUCUUCUUCCUUUAGUUUGUUAUGUCAUA